AUGCCGCUAGUCUGCAGCCAGAGUCUACCUCCUUCACUUUGUCUCCCGACCUUUAUAGAUUUUCCUUCCUCCUCAAGCUGCAGCAUCUUUUUAUUGCUUCCCUCUGUUGCUUGGAUCCCAAAAUCCAAAAGAAGAAAAGCUAUCGUGACAAACACGAAGAUGAGCAGUGCGCCGAAUCCUGGAGGCCCCCCCUUUGGGCAAGGCCGUGGUCGUGGUAGUGGUCGUGGUCGUGGUCGUGGUAGUUGGCGUGGUGGUCGUCGUGGGCGGGGAGGCCCAGUCGACCAAAGCAGCUUUGCCUCUGGAUCAGCUUCAAACAAACCCUAUGGCUUGCGUCAGCAACCAGAAAACAAUGCAACCCUCGCUCAAGAGGUCGUUGAAGAUAUGGACAACCAAUCUUCAUCUCGUCUUCGCUCUGGCUCGGUGAAUCAACAGAAGAAACUACCCUCAUCCGCCUUUGGCCCAGGAACCGAUAACCCCCACCUUCGCAAUGCGUCAGUUCGUCCUCUGAUCGGUAAUCACGACCCAUCAUUCUCAGAUAUCGCCAACAUCGGCCUGGAAGGUUCAGCCACUGCACGAAAUCAACAACAGCCCAACCAGGUCCAGAAUGAUCCCUCGACAGGACUCUUUGGUACCCUGGACGUUGCCAAGAGUAACAACAAGGUUGUUGGCAGAACUAGGCAUGGUCAUGACAAGCGUAACCCCCUCCUCAAGACUGGUCAGGGCGUUAAGAAAGCAAGCAAGUCGAAGGCAAAGCACGGCUUCAGUAAAGGAGAGCGCCAUCACAUACAAACAUCAUUCAGCAUGUUCUCGACCGACGAUAUCCACUUCAAUCCUAGUGUGCGUAGAGGCGCCAAUCUUGCCGAGAUCAAUUUGGUUAAUGGUAUGACCAAGGAACAAAUUACCCCCAAGGCAGCCGAGGAUUUACUUGUUCUUGACUACUACAAUGGUGAACCUCGACAGACCGGUGACUACCCGACGCACACGCACAUGCCCAAGCUCAGACAGCUUACCCAAGCAGUUGUGUUCGUCUCUGGUAUCAACAUACUUGGCGCGAUGGAGAGCACUCUCGUAAAGAAAAUGAACUUGAAAUAUCAUUUCAGCAGUCAAAAUCCAGCCGUUGUUUUGAGCCAAGUGAAUGGUGAAGACAAGACUCAGCCAUUGCCUUUCAACACUUCAGUUCCUAUCCACCGAGAACACAUGACGCCUUUUCAUAUCAACAAUGAGAAGGUCAUCACUUGGCGUAAGAUUGUCAACUUGGCAGCAUCCAUGCAGGAGCAGCUCGACAUCUUCCAAAACUGGAUGGGGACUGAUAUGAGUAGUAAGCAGCUCGGAGAGAUCCAAGACCACUUUACGAAGCUCAACUGCGUUGAAAUUGACUGCCUCAAUUUCUGUGUCCGCAAGGACUCGGACUUCCAUAGCGACUCGGAACUCGGCGAGAUCGUUCGGGACUUUGCUCUCAAAGCCAAUGUUGUCUUGGUUGUUAUGCGUGAUCCCCAGGCGGCUGGAGUCAAUGCCUGCACUGACAGAUUCUUUGACAUGAUGAUGCAAAACUCCUUGGCAGGUGCCUAUUGGUUCUACAAAGCACAACUCGACAAUGUCAAGAUGCAGUGGAUCAAAGAACUGCAGAAGAUCCAAGAUAGUGGCUCUUACACACCCAUCACCUUCCCCGGCUGGAUGCAAAGCGUCGAUCCUCAAACAGGCGAUGUUCGCGUUCUCAGCAACACUGCGUAUCAGAAAUUUGAUUCCUUGGAGGACUACCGCUUUCAGUUCUCAUUGGCAAUCUACCGUGAUCACAUGCAUGCUGCUGUUGCUCACCUUCAGAAUUACGGAGAAGGAAAGCCUCAUGGGGGUACUAUCGUGUCGAUAAAUCCUACCACACGUAGGUGUCAAAUCGACUUCAACAUCAAGAACUAUGGAGGCCUCGGUAGACCUCCCCUCCCAGCAGAUACGAUCACCAUCCGACUUGUCUCUGCUUCAACCGAGCCUGAUGAGCUGAGCGGUGAUCAUGUCAUGGAACACACUCCGGAAGCUAUCAUCCGCCAUCGUCUGAGAUCAAGCGAGGUAGGUGGCACAGAGUCGGUCAUUCAGACUCAGAAUGCGAUAGAAAACAACAGCUGGCCUUCGCACGCUUACUCUGCUCCUGCUCCUGUGCAGUACCAUUGGAGAGCAAGCCGCUUCGACACUCCUGAGAUUGAUAAUGCCGACUACAGAGCUGCCAUCACUCUGGAUGAUAGCCAACUUAGUCUCUUCACUGAGGGCCAGGACUGCGAGUUCGAGAUCUUCACCAAGUCUAGUGACCUCGCUGCAGUCCGUCAAAUGAAGGCGAUUAGCUUCAUCUCGAGACAUGUCAAUCGCUAUGAUGAGAACUAUGCGCUUCAGUCGAUGAUCAUGGGACGAAAGAUCAGAUUGCCCCAGCAACCUCUGUUUGAGCUGUGUACUAACGAGCUGCGAAAAGCAGCCGUGAAAGCUUACUUUAAAGCAUCGUCUCUGAAUCCUCAGCAGAAGGAGGUCAUGUAUAAGUCUUUCUGGUCUGGUGACUUUCUGACGUUGAUCCAAGGUUCACCGGGAACUAGCAUGAGUGUUACAAACUCUGUCAUUGGCACCAUUUCGGUAAUUCUGGGCAACAAUACCCUUGUCGUGGCUCCUUCAAACAAGACCGUAUGGUCUCUGAUGAAGAAGCUCAUCAAGCAGCGCCAGACCGUUAAUGAGCAGCAGCCGGGCAUGGCUGACGAGUAUAAGCUCAUCUACUUUGGUACUCUUCGGCUCACGAAGAGUGAGCUGCAAUCAGAGCAUGAGCCUUCUCUGGAUGAUGAAUAUCACCACUGGUAUUGCAUUGUCAAUACAAUCAAGUCCUGGAGAGGCGACAUGCGCGUACCUGCUGGCAAUGAAGAUCAAGAAGCAGCCAGAGUUUGGGUCCAGCAAUGGGACAAGAUCCAAAGUGGCGGAUUGCUGGAUGCUGUGGAGCUGGCGAGUUACCUGAGCCUCGGCAUGAAGGCUGCACCUAAAGUCUUCCAAGACGAGACACUGCCGAUGAUUGUCGUCUCCACCUGCAAUAACUCGGCUCAACUCGCAGAAUGGAAGUUGCAGUUUCCAGUCGUUCUAAACGACGAACACGCAUUCUGCAACGAGCCCGACAGCAUCAUUCCUCUCCAGAUGGGCUGCAAAAAGCUCAUUGCCACAAGUGAUCGUGAGCAGUUGUCGCCAGUUUCACAUGCCCUGGGAGCCAGCGAGCAGUUCGAUACCUUUAGUUUACCGCCCUUCCGGAGACUGCUGCAGCUGUACGCGGAUAAGUGCGUCACGCUGACCAUCAAUUAGCUCGCGAUCAUCCUACUCCUCAACUGGUCCCAGUGGUGAUGUCAAAUCAAAAUGUUCUGUCUAGUCUGAUACCAUCUUGUACUUCCCUCUCUCUGGUAAUUUCUGCUUCUGGCCAUGGGACGUCAAUUACAGACUUGCUACAUUCUUCAUCCGUGCGUCAAGGAAUUAUGAGAAGAUUUGAUGCAAUAGCAAACUCGUAUUUUGUUAUCAGUCUCCUGUCCUAACUUUGACGAAUGCCAGGAAUUUUCAAAGGCUCUAAAAUGAGACCUUGUAGGGUACCUAUGGCUCGAUUGAAUCUCAAAAACAACAAUUCCCGUGAUCAUUUUACGAAGUGUAUAGAACGAUUCUUCUUCACUGAUUUCAUAUCCAGUGCACCAGUCAAUGUUGGUUAUCUGAGCUCGGACUGGACGAUCAUUGUCCACAGCGCGCAUCCAGGGCGAGGCGACCUCAUAGCUCCAUAUGCGGACCUCGGGAAUCCUGC